GAGAGAGAGAGAGAGACUAAGCUACUCGUUUUGCUUUCGAAAUGGAUUCUGAGAAAGGCACCAGCACUGCUUUCAACUCUUCAUCCACGACCAUUCCAGGUGGUGAAUAUGAUGUCUUUUUGAGUUUCAGAGGCCCAGACACUCGUGAAACCUUCACUGAUUAUCUGUACACAAGUCUCAAAGAUGCAGGAGUUCGUACCUUUCAAGACAAUAAUGACCUUCGUAUAGGUGAAGAGAUCGGCCCAGAGCUCCUUGAGGCGAUCACUCAAUCGAAGAUCUCAAUCCCAAUUUUCUCCAAAGACUACGCGUCCAGUAAAUGGUGCCUCCGUGAGCUCUCCCAGAUGGUGGAGUGUAAGAGAACUACAAGACAAAUGAUUCUACCCAUCUUCUAUGAUGUUGAACCGUUUCAGGUUCGGCAUCAGUCUGGGAGUUACGAGGAGGCCUUCCGCAACCAUGAGAGUUGUUUCCAAGAAAGUACUGUUAAGGAAUGGAAGGAGGCAUUGAGAGAGGUUGGAGCACUCAAAGGGUUUCGAGAAAAAAGCUGA